GUACAGUGUGAGUAGGAGGUAGGAGGAGAGGAGGAACAUGAGAAGGAGGAGGAAAGGGGUGCUUCCUCUUCAGUCUGGGCUGAGCUGCUGAUGUAGCCCAGCAGUCCCCGGCAGGAAACCUUGGUAUAAAAAGCCGCGUCGCAGGGGGAACCCUCCUAAGUGUCUCUCAGCUGCAGCAUGACCAGGACCGAGAGCCCGAGAGUGUGGACUUAACAAGACAAUGCCCAGCCUAAUCGUCGAACCACUCAACACACAGCAUUUCAUCAUGGACAGAGAUGACAGGAAGAGAAACAAGAACAUCGGAAAGAACUUUAUGUGCCGACUCCAGUGCAUGUUCUCACACUCAUCAAGCUCCGAGAGGCUAAGUUUAGAAGAUACCCAACAAUGGUCACAGUCACUGGAAAGGCUUCUCGAGUCUAAAUAUGGACUGGCCACUUUUCGUAACUUUCUCAAAUCUGAAUACAGCGAUGAGAACAUUGAAUUCUGGCUCACUUGUGAGGACUACAAGAAGAUCAAGUCUUCAUUCAGAAUGUCCUCAAGAGCCAAGAAGAUUUAUGAGCAAUUCAUCAAAGCAGAAUCUCCUAAAGAGAUCAACAUCGACUAUCACACCCGAGAGCAGAUCAAAAGGAACGUCAAGAAUCCCACCAUGCACUGCUUUGACGACGCUCAGAAGAUAGUUUACGGGUUGAUGGAAAGAGACUCGUACCCGCGGUUCCUCCGCUCAGACAUUUAUAGAACUCUCCUGGAAAACCUCGCCGCCGACGCCACGAAGGGAUGAAAGCUCGGUCAAGGGCGGAGAGAGAGAGAGAGCGAAAGGACAUAAAACCCAUAACUGGAAUGUUUGAGCUCCUUCAGGAGGAAGGGCCGACGACAAAGAAGGAAGGAGGGUCGAUCCACAUGCCACACGGACACAUACAGAGACCUUGGAGUCGCCACUAGAUCCAGAAGCAAACUGUGCCUUAGUCCCGUCAUGGGAGGAUCCCAACACUGAGGACUGUGUAACAAGAAGAAGAACAAACACGACCAGCCUUAAUGAUAAUGACCCUGUAGCAUGUGUUUGCACUGGAUGAUAACUCUAUGUACGCAAGCCAAUUUUGGCGAUGAAUGAAUCAGCGAGGCGACUGCUCUGACUGUGGAUCUGCGUAAGCAAACCGUGCAGCGAACCUCCUUUGGCCUUCUUUGCAGAGGUGUUUCCUGUGCAGAUUGAGAUAGAGGAUGUAAGAUGCAACGGUCACACUCAAUUAGUUGUGUGUGUGUGUGUGUGUGCGUGUGUGUGUGUGUGUGUAUGUGUGAGAGAGAGAGUGUAAGUGAGUAUUUAGUUGUAGCUUUUAACUGCCACUGACACAGAAUAAGCUGUCACAAAAAGAGUUGGCCAAUUAUCUAAUGACAGCGCUAAGGAAGAAAACAAAUCCAUAGUGGAUAGAGGACUCAAUAGUGAUAUGUCAUCUUUAGUAAAAGGUUGCAGAAGGCCACUUAGUUCUGCAAGAGGCAUUCUGGGACACUUUAAAAGGAGAUUUUUCUUCUUCUUUUUUUAGAUUGGACCGAUAAUGGGUUUUAAAAAAAUGAUAUUAGAUUGAAGCUGCCUCUGGGUUAAAUAUCUUCAUCAUUUUCAAACUAAAAAAAGUAGCUGGUAGAUUUUAUUUCAAUAAAAAUCCAGAAUAAAUGUUUUUUUUAUAAUAACAAAACAUAAUCAUGCACAUUUUUUGUGUGGGACCUGAACCAAAUUCUGCACUUUACAGCAACUACGAAGUUCCCUUUUUUUUACGGCUGGUGGCGUCUAAUUUAAUUCCUCAGCACACGACUACUGGCCAUCAUUUUAGUCUAAAACAAAUUCUUAAAAAGCACUUAAGUGUCAAGAGUUGUGAUUUUAUGUAAUAAACUAUUUGAGUGGAAUUAUUAUAGAGAUAGGAUGUUUCACCUUGCAUGGUAGGAUGUUAAAACCUCCUUGAGAAUAUGCCUUAUUAUUGCUUUCCAAAGCAUGUGGUUUGACUGUAUUCUUAGGGGUUAAUAGUUAAGUUAACUUAAAAGUUAAACAGUGUAAUAUUUAUUGUUAAUUGUCACCAUUUGAGUACAAUGUGUGUUGCAGUGUUGAAGUGAUUGUUAAAAUGUUAGUUAUUUGAAUGACAUUAAAUUAUUUGAAUUGCC